GUCGGACUAGAAAAACUGUCGGAGACACAGAUUUGUUUUGUUUCUGAUUUCGUGUGGUGUGUGUGAAUGGUUACCAUAUUACCAUGAAACGUAAAUAUGAAAUUCAAAUGGUAACUUAAAAUACGUAAAUAUUUCCAAUUUUGUAAAAUGUUUGUUGUGUUUGCCAAUGUCGAAUGCUGCUUGUGAAAGAAUAUUAUCGCAAAUCAACCUUAUAAAAAUAAUAACCCGGAACAGAUUUAUCAAUAAACAUGUUGCCUCUAUUUUGCAUGUAAAACAAGGCAUUAAAGAAUAUGGUGACUGAGUUUCAUUCCAGCCAACAAACGAUAUGAUUAAAAAUAUAAAGAAAUUGAUCAAGAAGAAUACGAGGCUAAUACUAAUGUAUAACUAUUUAAAAUAAAAAUAUAAAAAAAUCAUGUGACUAUAUAUUUUAAAUUUUAAAAUUGUAUUGGCAUUAUUUCGGCAUUUUGUGCAUAAAAGUUUGGCAGGAUUUGUCAGAUUUUUUGCCUAAGCCGGGCAGGAUCUAUAAUUUAAGGUUGGUCACACUGUAUUCAUGUCAAAAUCUUUUUUUUCGCAAAUUCCAAAUAACCUCGUGAUAUCCAAAUAACCCCACUUUACGGUAGCUGAUAUUUUGUCAUGUAAUAUCAAGGUCGCCAGGACAAUAUCUCUCCUGAAUUCUAAAAUGUUGGACGAGGCUAAAGGAGUUAGUUAUUCAACCUUAAAAUAAACGUUCGGUCAAGUGAAGAACUUCAAGACUGUUGGCAACCUCACAAAAGGUUAUUGAGACAGCUGAUUCAAUACAUUUUGUUCCUUAAUUAUUAUACUCAAAGAAACAUAAGAAUAAUUUUCAAACAACAAAACAAAUAAUUUACAAGAGAAGCUCUGUGAAGACUAGGCUGUAUGAUCAUUAAUUCUUUAGCAUUCAUAAAGGAGAAAUAAAAAAAGAAACAUCGACUUUGACACAUGUUAGUUUGUUUUUGUUUUGGAGAUGUUUCAUUAAUUUGUUAAUGUUAAAAUGUUAUUGAGUCUGUAUGUUUUUAAUAAAGGUAAGUUCAAAUAAAAUGGCUAUUUUAUUAACUUUACUAUUGCUUCAACAUGAUUUUAUUAUUGCUCUUUGUUACGACUUAGUUAAAUAGAUAAUUAGAUAGACCAAUAUUUACCAUGAAACUGAUUAUUCAACGCGCUAUCUUUCGUAAUAUUGUACUCAGUGAUGUAAGUAAGGAGAACAAAGACCUUACACUAACUUAUUUUAUCGGUCAAAUGGUGCGUCGUGUUAGUCGUGUUUAUUAGAAAGUAAAAAAAAUGUUAAUACUUGAACAUUUUAUAUAUUUCUGUGUUAUCAUCUGUUUGUCGAAAUCAGAAGAAAAAACUAACAAAGAAGCAAAUAAUAAUGUUAUUUUGAAACAAGUGGUGAUAUUGAGUAGGCAUGGGCUUAGAAGCCCUCUUUCGAAAUACCUACCACAAAUGACUCCGAACAAGUGGCCCAGCUGGAGAGAAAAACCUGGUUACUUAACAGCUAAAGGUAAAAUUCUGGAAGGUUACAUGGGCCAAUACUUCAGCGCUUGGUUUAACGAAAAAGGUCUGAUACUCAACAAUAAUUGUCCGACAAAAGAUGAGUUUUAUGUAUAUGCUAACAUUAAACAGAGAACUCGGGCUUCUGCAAAAGCUUUUGUUGAUAAAGCCUUUCCUUUUUGCAAUGUUACAGUACAUCAUUCUGAUGGUAAUGUUGAUCCAAUUUUCAAUCCUGUUUUGCAUAACACUUCGGCAAUAUUCAGGCAGCUAGUCAUAGAGGACAUGCAAAGGAUCCUAAAAAGAUUGUCUUUAAACAACUCAUAUGAAAAUAUAGAAAAUAUAUUAGAUUAUAAGAAUUCUGAAUUGUGCCAAGAUGAGAACAAAUGUAAUUUACUUACUGAUAAAAAUAAAGUCAUAGUAAUGUCUGGAGAGAAGCCAAAUGUAUUUGGACCUAUUAAAAUUGGCAAUUCUGUUGUCGAUGCAUUUGUUAUGCAAUACUACGAAGGUUUGCCGCUAGAAAACGUAGCUUGGGGCAAUGUAAGGAGCCCGAAAGACUGGCAAGUGAUAAUGAACUUAAGCAGAGGUUAUCAUAAUGUCAUUUUUAAUACAUCACUAAUUGCCCACGAUAUCUCUUUACCGCUAAUUGGGUAUAUGAAGCCAAUUUUCUUUGGUGAUAAUAAGCCAAAGGUAGCUCUAUUAAUGGGUCAUGAUGCAAACAUCUACACUGUGUUAAAAACUUUACAAUUCAAACCAUACUCUUUAGCAAAUCAAUAUGAAUUAACUCCUAUCGGUGGAAAGUUGGUGUUUCAAAAAUGGUUUGAUACAAUGAACAAUGUAAAUUUAUUAAAAAUAGAGUAUGUGUACCAGUCUUCGGAGCAAUUAAGGGAUACAUCUGAACUAAAUUUGCACAAUACACCAAAGUUUAAGUUGAUGGAGUUAGAAAAAUGCAAAGUGGACCAGAAUGGUUUUUGCCUAUGGGAUGAUUUCAGAAACAUUUUAGAAAAUGAAUAGAUAUAUUCAUCUACUGUUCGAUUAUGUGCAUGCCUAAAUAGAGAAAUCCAAAUAAACCAUUCAAAGAAAAUGGCUCAUGUUACUCGCAAUGUGUGUGUGACUCUACUUUUAGAUUUGAAAGCAGUUAAUGUGUGCGUGUGUAGCGGCGAGCGUAUCUACCAUAUGUAGUAGAUAUUUUUGUUCAAUUGUAAAUACUGUUAGAUUAUAUUUUAUUUUGCGAGAUUAUAAACUGUCAAAAGGUUGUGAAUCGUAACAUACUGUUUACAAUUUUAUGCAUUAUUUUUCGGUAGAUUAUAAUCUAUCGAAAUGAAACUGUUAAAUAAUAAUCUGUUGCGGGUUAAUUCGUCAACUGCAUGAAAGCUGUACCUGAUUGGUCGUUAUUACAUUAGGCCGUUCUGCGUCCAUAGAGUUAGGAAUCCCUUGGCACUUCUUUGGUUAAUCACAGAAUCAUUGAUUUCACUUUUUUUUAUGAAAUAAUAACUACAUAUAUAAGAUACAUAGUAAUAAAAUUAUAUUCAUGACUUUUAUAAUGCAAUCAUGAUAUUUUUUAUUAACAAUCUAGUCAAUAAAGUCGUCUGAUGACAUUUUUAAGCAACAAUUUAUGCAUGGCAGACAUAUCGGUCUACCCUCUGACAUCGUCUUUUACAAUAUAUUGUAAUAAAUGUUUUUAUUCACAAAAAAUAGUCUUUUCCUCAAUUUGAGCAGGGCUUCAGUAAAGGUUUUCUUUAUGUUAAAAGGGUAGCAAACAAGUAUUUGGUCCCGGCUGCAUCUGCAGUCCUUAGCAUCCGCCAAUCCGCACUGGGCCCGCGUUUUGGGGUAUGGCCCAAUCUCCCUAUUCCAUAGAGAAGGUCUGUGCCCCAGCAGUGGGGACAUUAAUAGGUUGAUGAUGAUGAUGAAACAUGUAUUUGGCCUGCCUGGUAGUAAGCAGCCGCCAUAGGCAUAGACACGAUACCAAAGUAUCACUUGCGCCAUUGUUGCCUACUGACCCCAUCUCUACGCCUGGAAUUUUACUCACCGACAGAAAAACUGGUUUGUCAAUCGUUUUUGGUCAGUGCUAGAUUUUCGAAUUGGCGACUCGAGGGGUCCCGGGUUCGAAUCCCGGUGGGGGCAGAUGUUUGUGUGAUGAAUACGAGCAUUUGUACUGUAGACAUGGAUAUUUAAUAUGUAUUUCUAUAUAAAUAUACUUAUAUGUAUUCUAUCCGUUACCCAAGUAUCCCAUAAUACAAGCCUUACAGUGCUUACUUUGAGGCUAGGCUAAUUGGUGUGUCGUUUUUUUUUACUUGAACUUAGAAUUGUGAUUUUUUCAUAGCUCAAGGGGCCGUAGACUUGAGUAAUUAUCUUUUAAAUUUCGCCUCAUUCCUGAGAUAAAGGGUUUUGACAGACAAACAGAGUUCUGGAAAUAUUUAUUUCAUUUUAUUAAUACGUCACCGUUAGCGGCCUUCACUUCAACAAUGCCGGCGUGGGCAACGUGGGCCACCGCCUACGGCCUAGUGGUACAAGGGGCCUCGCGCCCCAAAAAUUUUUAUGCAUUGCCCAAAAGCGAAUUUUUUUUUUAUUAUUUUAUAAAAUCCGUCUUUAGGUCGCUACAAAACAGGGCUUCGCGUAAUCUGUCUUGCCCACAUCAAAAGAUCUUGCCCCGCCACUGCCUGCGGCCACAUUUCUAAAUCCGGUCCUGAUGUAGGAUACAUUGGUGCAUGCCUUAACAAUGGCUUACGCAGACGGGAGAUUUUUGUCUACGGACUUGCUUGCCAUAAUAGAUCGCUUACAACUGCAUCGAGUAACGCACAUGAAGGAUUAAAAGAACCGCCUACAAAAAGUCCCCUGCAAAACCGAGGACGCGAGAGAUCGGACUGAAUAAAAGUACUGGGGAGUCCCCCAAAAAAUAUAACUCAUUUGACAUUUAGUCUGCGUUAUACCCUCGAUCUGUACCCCUAGCACGAACCAUUAUCGAAUUCGAAUAGUUUGCAAACCGAAAUUUCAAUGUCAAAUUUCGUAUGGAAACUUGAACAGCAGCGGCACAAAGUACGUAACGAGAACUAAAAAUCAGUACACAUUUGAUAAUGACAUUUCGGACUCGCAAACGAUACGAAUUCGAAAUUGGUUCGUGCUAGGGGUACUGUACCCUUAGUACGAGUUUUUCAAUUCAUCGUAAGUAUAUUUGGUUACUUUUCACCAAAAUGGACAUAGAAACAUAAUUUACGAUACGGGAAGAUGCAUAAAUAAUAUUUAUGAAAAUUUUAUGAUUAAAAUGUUAAAAAAAUAUAAAAGAAAUGCCACUGCAACGUUUUUAUUUUACAUAAUCUUGUUUUUUAACAAUUAUUACGAAUUAAAAAUACUUGAAACGGAACGUAUUUUAAAACACCAAUCAGCGUUUAGUGACGUCACUCCUGUUAUGACAACUUCUUUGAGGUUAUGGUUGUUAAAGUAAAUAUUAUUUUAUGGGAAUAUUUAUUGCGUUUUUUUACAUUUAAUAAAAAAUGGAAGUUGCGUUUAUCAAAGCAGACUCCAGGAAUUUACCAAGAGUUAGCGUUGACAUGGUUAUAACUUUUUUUGUCCAAAGUGCAGAGUUUUUAAGUGUAGAAAUGAAAGGGACUAAAUUACUACGGUAUGUAAAAACCGUAGUUGUAAAACUUCGUAUUUUAUUCAGCGGCUUCUACAAAUCUUAAGGCGAUAAUGCAAUAGGCUAUGUCCAAAUUAAAAGAGAUGGAAAAUUAUGUACAGUAAAAGGUCGAGUUCUCCGGAGCAUAAAGUACGUAAAGAGGUUAUCGUGUUACAGUUAUUUUAAAUGAAACGCAAAGCUUGGUUCAAUCCUGCCAAUGUGAAGAUUGUGCCACACAUUUUAAACUUUAUCUAAUUUUCGACAUCAUUCUCCAACUGUAAAAUUAAAAAUAUGUUAUAGACAGGUUUUGUAAGUAUUAGGUAGGUUACUAAUGCGUUUUUACGUACAAGCAGAUUAAUUAAGCAUAUAAUAAGUAUCUUCGCCGACUUACGUCAAAGUGAUCUUCUCAGCAUCAAAUAAUGGUCUUUGGAGAAUAAUUGUCAUUUCUCUUCGCAGCUUGAAACCACUUUUUUUCAGUUUUGGGUCAGAAGUUCCAGUCAAAAACAAUUUAUUUGGGAACUUUGUUGAAGUAGAUUGGCACAAAACAUGAGUCAACACGGCUUUUUUUCGGAAUAUUAGUGGUAUUGUUAUGAUCACAUGAUGUUGAUGGAUAGUCCAUUUUAAAUUUUUCAAAAAAAUGUUUCGAAAGUCGAAAAAAUAUGCAAAAGUAUGAAAAUUUAAAGCCAGCAACGAACAAUUACGACCAGUGACAGACAGGAGUGACGUCAUCGCAACCAUAGGUUCGUUUUCGCGCGAAAAUUUAAAUUGUCAAUUUAAAACCGCAUUUUUUC